AUGGCUGAAAAAGAGGAAGAUGGUCCCAAAAGUAAGGACAAUGCAGAGAAAUCUGUCGUCCCGGUUAUCCCAAAGACAUCUGAAGACAACAUUGUGGAGAAAGAUGAAAAGAAGAUAGAAGAGAAAUGCGCCGCCAAGAGCAGUAAGAAGGAAAACGUGGAGAAGUCACCUAAAUCUGUCGUUUCUUGUGAGACACCGUCAAAAAACGAGAGAAGACUUAGGAAGAGAAUUGAGAAAGGGAAUUUAGGAGGACGAAAGGUCGCAAAAGUUAAUGGAAAUUCCCGAGGGGGCCCGAAGGGACCAAGGAAAGGUAAAGAAAAAAAAACGAAUAGAAGAGGAGAGUCAUCGCCAGAACCCACCAAGGCAUCAUUCCUGCUCGAAAUCAGCCCUGAGAAACUAGUUUUUCCAUAUCCGGAACCUCUCGAAGUCACCGUCAAGAAUCCGACUGAAGACACUCAAACCCUUCGUUGUACAUUCGAUUCCUACUAUUUCUUGGUGGAUUUCAAAGAUGCCAAAUCAAGUGGACAACACGGAGUGACCCCUGCGGCGGCGUACGGUUGCUAUGAGUUGGGACCGGGGGAAUCUUGUAGUAUGACGAUCAGAAUGACGGAUAGAGAAAUUGAUCAGAGUGUCCAAUUGGAAACGUUGCAAAAGGGUACUUAUGACGUUAAAAAACCAUUCGCACACUUGCCAAGGUUGAGGGAUCAAAGCAACAUCAUUGACAUUGCCUUUUACAAUUAUGAUCGUCCUGAAGGAUUUCUGAAAUUCCAGUACCGGAAGAAAGAGAAACAAUCGAAUGCUAAAUGGGUGGCGCGAACAAAACGAUUGCAUUUGACGGAUGAUAUCAAGGAAAUUAUGCGGUUGGAGGAUGAAAAAGCUAAAGAGAAAGAAAAGGACAAGGAGGAGAACGAAACCGAUCCCAAUCCACCGGAAUAUAUGAAGUUUUACAGAAUGAAGUGGCUUUAUAAGGCUACUCAACGCCACCAAAAAUGGAGAGCAAGUUGGGGUGAAAAGUUGAGGAACGAUGACGAUGGAACGCAUCGAGUUUUUUCUGUCCAACCAGAUUUUGUUGUCGACCAAUUUUUGAUGGACAAGGAGAACUAUAACAAGACACUUGGAACCGAGGAGGACAAUGCUGCAUUCUGGGGACGCAUUCUUCUGAAAGAAAAUAUUGAAAAUCAUUAUAGGUUUAAAAAAACACUUUUGGAUCGAAAUGUCGGGUUUGGAAAGCAUGAUUUCACUGCGGAGACAUUGGAGGAGUCACUUGAGAAAGCUGAACAAUUUUUGGAGGAUCAGAGAAAGGAAAAUCUGAAGAAUUACGAUUUACACAUUGAGCAAGUAAGAAUGGAGCCCGAGAAAGAGAAGGGACCUGAAAUGGAGCAGCCAGUGAAGCAGGAGGAGGAGAAAACAGUAGAGAAAAAAGAAGAGAAUAAGGAGGAAAAAAAGAAGAAGAAGAAGAAUCCGUGCUGCUCAAUUUGCUGA